AUGAACUCCUUUACCCCACAACAAAGAAGCCAUGUAUUUUUAAAUGCCAUUACUAUGUAUGAAGAUAUAUCUUAUACAAUUAUUAAUAUUACUUUUAGUUUUGUAGAGUUAGUCAUCGGUGUGGCUGUACUAGUUAUCACAAGAGAAUCAGAUAAUUUUUUAUAUCUUAAAAAUUUCUUAUUUAUGUUUUCAAUUUUCAAUACAAUGCUUUUAUUUCUUUAUGUAUCUAGAAUAAUUUAUUUUAGUCAAAUUAUUGAUCAGCCACAUCUUUAUUCGCAGAGAAUUAUUGUGUACGAAUAUAUUUGUAGAACGCUAAAAAUGUAUUUUCAGCUUAGUGCAGCAUAUUUGACUAUGCAUAAUUAUGUGUUAAAACAAAAAUAUAAAAUGCUUUACUAUACUCAUAUAAUAGCCAUUAUACUUGAUUUUAUUAUAGCUGGUUGUCCUAUGCUUUCUGCCUCUUUUUAUGUGUUAUUUUCUUUUUUGUUUUGUAAAUCAGAAAAAUAUGAAACACUGACAGUUACCAGUCAAAAUAUUGCAAAUUUUAAUAGUUGUGCUAUCUGUUUAGAAAAUUAUGAAGUAGAUCAAAAUGUAUCUAAAUUAAUAUGUCAACAUAUUUUUCACAGAGAUUGUAUUCAGGAGUGGUUUCAAAUGAGUCAAACAUGUCCGGCCUGUAAAAAAGAUCUAUGGAUUAAACUUGAAAUUUAUGAAGAGGAGAAGUUAAAGAUAUAA